UAUGGCUAUGAGUAUGAGGCCAAGAAGACCAGCUUUCAGGACUCAGCCAUCUAAUCUGCGUCCUGUGUAUCAAGACUUCAAGCCUAAGUCUGAUCUGACAGAAAACCCAGAAGCUCACGUCCUGCGGAUUCAACUUCCUGGCUUCACAAAGGAACGCAUAAGGGUUCAAUAUGACGAAUCAUCUAAACUGUUGAGGGUUUCUGGGGAAAGACCCAUUGAUGGAGGCAUCAGAAGGAGCCGUUUCAGAGAGGCAUACCAAGUUCCUCAAAAUUGCAUUAUGAACAAAGUUCAGAGCAACUUUCGUCAGGGAAUUCUUUCCAUUAUAAUGCCAAAGAAGAUCAUUCCACAAGCAGAAGUGAAACCAACCCAAGAACAAGCACUUGCAGGCCCAUCCCAGAAAGCUGAACAAGCCAUCCCACCCAAAUCUGCUAGUACAGGCCCUGGUGAUAUGGAGGCACAGAAAAGUGAGGAAAAGAUCCCAUCUAUUGAUAGCCAAAAGCCAGAGAAGGAAUUGACAAUGGCAGUAGCAGAAAAGAAAGCAGAUGGUGUGCCUCAGAAGAUUAAAGAAGAAACUGAGCCAAAACCCAAAUCAGAGAUGGUUCCCAGAAAGCCCUUGGAUGAAAAACCAGAGAGAGGUCAAGAAGGAACAGAUCAAAAUGCGACAUUAACAUCAGUUAAUGGAAAGAAAGAAAGGAUUUCAGAAAAAGAAAUUAUAAAAGAAGGGAAGCCUUCUGAGUCAAGAAAGACUGGGAAUGGUGUGAAGGAGAAGAGCAUGGUUAUCCAGAAAGAAAACACAGAAAGAAGAGAGUUGGUCAAAACAGGUGAACAUUCCGUUCCAAAAAUUCCUGAGAAGGAAAAGGAAGUGACCAGCAAAGCUGAAGUUGAUACAAUAGGGAAGGGAAUCAAAGAAGUUGCCACUUCUGCUUCCCAGGCUUUCGCAAGAAUUGCACAGGGGAAGUGGGAUAAAGAAGACAAGCCCUUACUUUGGAACAUGGGUGCCUCAGUGUUAGUACUUGCAGCAGUGGGGGCUUAUGCAGUUUAUAAGUUCUCCUCUUCAUAGGAAGCCUAGAUCUAAUUCUCUACUCAAGUGCUUAUUUCAUAAUACUGUGUUAAGGUAAAAGCCAACCCUUAGCACCGUCUACAGAACAACAAUUGUCAUUUAUGUUCUAAGUCUUUCGCCUGAAGUACAACAUUCCACAAACAAGUUCAGAGUAUAAAUUCCUGCUAA